AUGAUAAGCUCGACGAUGAGCAACGGUAUUUCAGCCUCGCUUAACGCCACUAGCCUUGGACUUCAGAAUUCGAUGAAAAUCCUCAUCAUUGGCGCCGGCUCCACUGGCUUGGCUCUCGCGCAAGGUCUGAAGAAAGCAGGAAUACCUUUCGAUGUAUACGAGAAGGAAGAAAGGCCCCGCAAGAAAACAUGGACUAUGGGUGCUCACUGGGGCCUCGAGCCAUUGCGGCAUCUGGUUCCAGAGAAGGUCCUGGAGCAACUGGAGAGUACCCAGGUCGAUCCCCACGUGCCCACGAAAGACACGGACAGACUUCCGUUUAUCAACGGGAAAACAGGCGAGCUUCUAACCGAGAUACAAUCCUCCAAGUUCUACCGUGUUCGUCGCGACAAGUUUCGCCGUAUGCUUAUGGACGGUCUUGGCGAUCACCUGCACUGGGGAAAAGCCAUUAAUGAUCUCGUCUACUCUGACGACAAAUUGAGUGUGACGGCAAAAUUCGCCAAUGGCACGCAGGAUACGGGCUGUCUCCUUGUUGCUACGGAUGGUCCCCAUUCCACUGUUCGAACCCUGCUUCUUGGUGAGGACAAAGCCAAGGUAACACCCGUUCCUUAUGCAACCACCAUGUGUUACACACAACACACUAGGGAGCAUGCUCUGUUUCUUCGAUCGAAGCCUCAUAGCCCACUUUACCAGGUCGGUCCUCACCCAAAUGGCACCUGCGCCUGGCUCAGUCUUCACGAUGGUGAUGACAAGGAUCACCCUGAAAACUGGACCUUUUUCCAUUACAUUUCCUUCCCAGAGCCUGUCGACUAUAUCAACAACAGCACCAACCGUGAACUUAUCGCCCAUCAAAAGAAACUCGCCAAAGAAUUUGCCAACCCUUGGAAGAGCGUUUUCGCCUGGAUGCCUGAUGACACAGAAGUGUGGUACUCGAAGCUCCGCAACUGGGAUCCAAGCCUGCCAGAGCACCAGUGGGACAACAACUGGGGCCGGGUGACGCUGGCUGGUGAUGCAGCGCAUCCCAUGACUUUCCAGAGAGGACAAGGACUCAAUCAUGCACUCAAAGACGCUUUCACUGCAUUCAAAGCUGUAGAGACGUUCUGGAACCCUAAGGAGAUUGUUCCUGAAAAGAGAAAACAAGCCAUUGUGAACUACGAGACUGAAAUGAUUGACCGCACGGGGGAGGAAGUUAGGUUGAGCGAGAAGAACAGCGUUGCGGUGCAUGAUUGGGAACAGAUCAUGCAGAGCCCCUCUAUGAAGCAGGGGAUGCAAGUAAAGGUCGAAAAGAUCGCGACAUCUGAUAGUUGA